GGUUUAUAUAGAGAGGCAUGCUGGGUGGACCCUGGAGGAGUGGACAGCGCAAGCUUCUUUAACUUGUCCCUGUGGGGACACAGAAGGCUUCACAUGCAAGGAGAGGCAGACUGUGCUCAUCCGAUUACAUAAUGAUCCAGCAACAGUGAGCCGGAACCGGUACUGCCAGUGCCAGCGUGCUGCUGCGGUACACUGACUGACCGCUGGGACUCCUCAUCCAGGCCUCUCCUCUCCUCUGACGGCUUUCAUGUUUUUCUCACUUUGGUCAUGACCUCAGCCACACCGCCUUCCUCUGAAGGCACCUCCCCUCAGAAAGUUUGCCAUUCUCAGACGCAGACUGACAUCACCAAGCCCCUGCUGACCCCCACAGAUGGAACUGGCGGUCAUGCAGGAGUGGGAGGAGCUGCAUCUGGAGGUCCAAGUGCUCUGCGAAGGCGGCGGCGUGUCCUUUCUAAAGAUGGGCGGAGCAAUGUACGCAUUGAGCAUGUAAGUGGAAGAGGGGCGCUGUACCUCCGUGACCUCUGGACGACUUUCCUGGACAUGCAAUGGCGCUACAAGUUGUUCCUCUUCUCGGCUACCUUUGCGGGGACCUGGUUCGUGUUUGGAGUACUUUGGUAUCUGGUGGCCAUGGUGCAUGGAGACCUACUAGAGUUUGACCCCCCCUCCAACCACACGCCGUGUGUAAUGGAGGUGAAGACCCUGACAGGGGCCUUCCUCUUCUCUCUGGAAUCCCAAACCACGAUUGGCUUCGGCUUCAGGUGCAUCACAGAGGAGUGUCCUGUAGCGAUUGUCCUUCUCAUCUUCCAGCUGGUCGUCACGAUGGUGAUGGAGAUCUUCAUCACCGGCACCUUCCUCGCAAAGGUUGCUCGUCCCAAAAAGAGAGGAGAGACGGUGAAGUUCAGCCAACACGCUGUCGUGUCGAAUCACGAGGGACGGCCGUGCCUCAUGAUUCGAGUGGCCAACAUGCGUAAAAGCCUGCUGUUAGGUUGCCAGGUGACGGGGAAGUUGCUUCAGACGUCCCUGACAAAGGAGGGGGAGACGGUGCGGCUGGACCAGAGAAAUGUGCCUUUCCAGGUGGACACGUCCAGCGAAAGCCCCUUCCUCAUCAUCCCUCUCACUUUCUACCACAUCAUUGAUGACAACAGCCCCCUCAGAGCCUGGGCAGCAAAAGGUGGUGGCUGGACAGACCCAGAACUGGCUGACUUUGAGCUGUUGGUGAUCAUGAGCGCCACGGUCGAGCCAACUUCCGCCACAUGCCAGGUUCGAACAUCCUACCUUCCCGACGAGAUCCUCUGGGGCUACGAGUUCCCCCCUGUCGUCUCCCUGUCCCCGUCAGGAAAAUACGUGGCUGAUUUUGCCUUUUUUGACAAAGUGGCAAAAACCAAAACUCCGCCCCUUUUCAAGCAGGGCCUGCCACCAGAUGUGCAGUCGCAGGGGUCCCGUCAACGUAAGGGCAAGGAAGACGGAACGGACUUGGAAAAGAUGAGACUGGAGGAGAGCUACAGGGGGGAGGAGAAGGGCCGCCAGAGAGGGCGUAUUCGGGACAGCAGCCCACUGAGUGUUCGAAUUAGUAAUGUGUGAAAGGGUGAAGAAGAGGUUCUGAAAGUUGAUGUGAAACCGAGAUCAGGCAAAGAUAGGAACAAAGAAGAAGCGACCACAUUCUCAUGAAGAAGCCUAAACUGCCAAUGCAUGAGUUAUUCUAAAGUACGUGGCAGGAAACUGAACACCUGGGUGUUAAGACUGCGCAUGAAAACCAGACACACUCUUUAACCACAAGGCUGUAUACGAGAACAAACAAAGAAGAUGUUUACAGCCUUUCAGAGUUCGAAUAUCAAGUUACAAACCUGACUUAUACAAAUCGACAGCAUGCUAAAAGAUUUUUGGAAAGGAUUUUCAAUGAUGUCAACAAAUUAGUGUCUACACCGUAUUUUUUUUAGAGAAAAUUGAACGAGAUGAGCCACGAACUUCAAAGCAAGUUCAAUAUACCCUGAGCAUCUUUCCAUUGUCUACAUUCACUUACCCUAGUAAUGGCAGUCAAGUGGUCACAUGAAGCUGGUUAUCAAUUUGCUAAAUUAACCCAGGGUUUCUCCUACAUAUCCAUUUGAAAGGCAACAAUAAUACAGGCUGAAUGUAACACAGCUGCUGCAGAUAAAUCAGCAGUGUCAGUGUGUGUGUGUGUGUG